UGAAGGGGUGCUUUCCACUUACAUUUUGAUUGCAUCAUCUUUUUGUUACAUCCGCUCGGUCCGAGGUGGCCGGUGCAUUGCAUUUAAAUUUACGAUAUAUUUAAUUCCGAAGAGUGAAGACCAUCGGUAGUCCAGAAUUAAUCAAUUAAACUGCUAAGAAAAGAAGAAGAAUCUGUAUUUCUUGCUGGAAAACACCUUAUAUGUAAAUGCAGAUUUAGUUCAGUUAUGCUGGUUUUUUUUCUUAAAGAAAUAAUAUUUCCUUGUGAAAUUUCUUUCUUAUAUUACUGGGAUGACUCAUACAGAAGCGGUUUUGCAAAUUAAUUUUUAGAAAAAAAAUUGUAAAUACGAUUUUGUGCAUCUCAACUGCACUAUAGUACACAUCAGCUAUAAUUUCAACUUAAGGAAUUCGUUUCCAACUAGUGGUCUCCAUAAUCUCUCCUGUCGACCCUUAAUAGAGAGAAUUGGCUGAGUUGGCAAAUAGUGUAUUUAAAACAGAAGAUAUUCUAGUUUCUCAAGAAAUCCAACGAAAUAGUGAGCUGUAAAAUGGAUGAGGCUAAAUUUCUGAAAAGGAAAGUAAGAUCUGGGACAUUGGAUGUCCAUCCAACUGAGAAGGCUCUGGUAGUAAAUUAUGAUGUUGAGGCAUUAAUAUUGGGGGAACUGGGAGAUCCUAUGCUCGGCGAUCGUAAAGAAUGUCAAAAGAUAAUCCGAUUGAAGAGUUUAAACGCCGACACAAACGUUUCUCUCUUAGCCAAAGAGGUAAUGGAAAAGUGCUCAUUGAUACACGAAUCUAAACUGCACGAAGUUGAGCAAUUGAUUUAUUAUCUACAAAAUCGUCGAACCAAUGAUACCAGUGCAGGUAAUGAUAAUAAUUCUCAGCCGCCACGACCGGCAUCAUCGAAUUCAUUGAUCACAGAGAACAGCGAAGUUGAACGUGCAGUCAUUAGUAACAUCGAUAGUUAUAUUGAAUUAUUAUACGAAGAAAUACCAGGCAAAAUUAAAGGUUCAUCGUUAAUUUUACAAUUAGCGAGGGUACCUGAUAAUCUUUUGGAAUUGACAAAAAAUGAAUCGUUAUUAAGUGCAUUAGCUCGAGUUCUAAGAGAAGAUUGGCGGCGCAGCAUAGAACUGUCCACAAACAUCAUUUAUAUUUUCUUUUGUUUCUCAACGUAUAGUCAGUUUCAUAACAUUGUGCUCGAAUACAGAAUCGGUUCUCUUUGUAUGGAUAUAAUUGAUUUUGAGUUACGUCGCUAUGACCAGUGGAAGGAGGAUAUGGAGAAACGUCGGAAACAAUUUGAAAACACCACUGGUCUAACGUUUUUCCCAGCAGGCAAUAAUGACAACUGUGAUAGAAAGAUUAGAAACAUUGAUGAUAUUUGGAAUAUGGAAGGUCCGUUGGAUUAUGAAGUUAAGAAACGAUCUAUGGAAGUAUCUAUAACCAUCUCUGAGAGUGAUGUUAAGAAACUGAAGGAGGAAUUAGAAAAAAGUCGCAAGAAGUUUAAGAGUUUGACUAAGAAGCAAGAGCAACUGUUGCGAGUAGCAUUUUAUCUACUCUUAAAUAUUGCCGAAAACGCUAUGGAAGUCGAAAGGAAAAUGCGUAAAAAAAAUGUUAUUGGUAUGCUGAUUAAAACAUUAGACAGGACGAAUACAGACUUGUUGAUCCUGGUUGUUACAUUUUUGAAGAAGUUAUCUAUCUUUCGCGAAAACAAAGAUCUUAUGAUAGAAGAAAAUAUUAUAGACAAAUUACCGAGACUUUUACAAAACAAUAAUGCUGACCUUGUGCUAAGCACUUUAAAAUUGCUAUUUAAUCUUUCUUUUGAUGCUAAAUUGAGAGCAAGAAUGAUUAGAGUGGGUAUGUUACCAAAAUGGAUAAAGUUGCUCAGUCAAGCAGAUAUAAAAAAUAAGAGCACAAUUGUGGGACUACUUUAUCAUGCCAGUAUGGAUGACAAAGUGAAAGCAAUGUUUACAAAUACAGAUUGUAUUUCAAUGGUAACGAACAUGGUAUUAAAUUCUGAAGAUGAACAUGUAAGAUCUGAAUUAAUAGCACUCGGCAUAAAUUUAGCUAUUAAUAAUAAGAAUGCGCAACUGAUGGUGGAAAACAAUCAUUUACAAGGUCUCAUAAAAAUUGCAUUUAGAAAUCAAGAUGCCCUUGUAAUGAAGAUGAUUAGAAAUAUUUCCCAACACGAUUCGAUACAGGAAAAUUUUGUCGAAUUUGUGGGUGAUUUCGCAAUGGCCUUGACUCAGUCUGAUUCUCAAGACUUUGUACUGGAAGUGAUUGGCGUAUUAGGCAAUUUGGAAUUAUCUGAUUUGGAUUAUUCUCAAAUCAUUCAACGCUGCAAUCUUAUACCAUGGAUACGUAAUAAUUUGGUUCCAGGUAAAGCGCAAGAUGAUAUAGUUCUUGAGAUUGUCAUAUUUCUCGGCACUGCAGCUCAUGAUGAAGAUUGUGCUCGUUUGUUAUGUAAGGCUGAUAUACUUCUUUCUCUUAUUGAACUGCUUAAAGCCAAGCAAGAAGAUGAUGAAAUGGUUUUACAAAUUAUUUAUAUUUUUUAUCAAAUUGCAAAACAUGAUUCAACCCGAGAUUAUUUAAUUCGCGAGACCGGUAAUGAAGCUCCUGGAUAUCUAAUCGAUCUAAUGCAUGAUAAAAACCAUGCAAUAAGAAAAGUCUGUGAUACAUGCUUAGAUGUCAUUGCUAUAUGCGACAAGAAUUGGGCAGCCCGCAUAAAAGUGGAAAAAUUUCGAUCGCAUAAUCAGCAAUGGUUGGAAAUGGUUGAAUCGAUAGGAACAGAUUCGAUCAAUCAUAUGUUACCGGAUGAUGAUGACAAUUUAUCUCCAUUUAUCAACGAUGAUCUACUAAAACAUACUAUAUUAUUUCCCUCUGGUAACAUAGCAUCAUUUAAUGUGGAUGAUGGAUUUUCGACUAUGAAACAUUCAUCAGAAUCAUCUGAAAAUCCUAGUCGACCUGUUAGUAGGUAUCGAGAUUUCGAUGAAAUAGGUGAACUCAUGACUCGUUCUAAGUCUCGCAUGUCCGUUGCUUCAGGUAUAGAAGAUUUAUAUUAUAAUUCUAGAGUGAAAUUCAGUGAAUCAGAUAAUUCUCACAUAUUAAUCUGAAAAUUAAUCCAAAUGCCCUGAUAUAGAUACAUGAUUUAACUUCUCGAAGAUAUCUAUAUUUUACAUUAUCUUUUACAUUAUAUUUAAUGCAAAAAAAUGUUUGCUACUAUUUAAAAAAAUAUGCCUGCUUAAACAGAUUUUAUUAUACGUAUUAUAAACUGUUUUGACCUCAUAGGACCAGUCUUACCAAUUCCAAUUACUAUAAUCGACCGAUUAUUACUUUAGAACUGACCAAUCGCAUUUGUUGUUCAACAGAAUUGACCAAUUGUGGUUGACACUUAAUUGAUCGAUUAAGUUAAUCAAAAUUUGUGAGA